AUGUCGGACAUGUAUCCUCAAUAUCUCCCCUCUCUCAGCGAGCGCGAUGCGAUCGCCGACGCCUUAUACCGGGUCGCCAUCGGUUGUGACCGAAACGACGUUCAGCUCUUCAACUCGGGAUGGGCCGGGGAAGAUGUAUCCUUUAAGAUACACCGCGACGACGAAACAGUCAUGUCUAGUCUCGCCGUUAUCCGCGAGAACAUCCUCGAUAUUGUUGGUCCCAUGGAUACCACGCACAACGUUACCAUGGUUCGUGUGAAUUUGAGGGAUGGCGCCGACACUGCCACUAUGACUGCGAUGUCGACCGCCUAUCACAGCUCUGCCGGCAUGGGCAGAGAUCCGACCGGGCCAGAGUACAUUGCCGGCGGGGAGUACUUGGCCAACCUCAUCAAGGAUGGAUCGGGCGUGUGGAGGAUCAAGAAGCUGUGUCGACCGCAAUGCGAUGCGCACCUCCCGCCAGCCACUUCUGCUUCUUCCCGGUACAAAACCCGGCGCCUCUCCCUUGCCAGAGAGAUACACGCUGUGGUGAGAACAUCCAACGAUUUCCGCCGAGGGCUCCGCUCACCGCAACGUGCCGGGGAGCCCUACGGCGCUAGGGGUGCCGAGGGAGGGAAUCGGGGCGCGGGUGAGGAAUCAGGGGUGGGGGAUAAAAGGCGGGCAAGGCGCCAGGGAAGUGCACGCAUCUUGUAA